AUGGAUUCAGAUGUAGCUUAGAUACUUUUGUCAGGUGAAUUCAUGUCACUGGAAGUGUAAAGUUAGUGCUUUUUUGGUUGAAGGAGAAUUAGAGAGGUCACUUGGAAGAAAGAGACUUUAUUUUUCGUAGAAGUAGGAUAUGGCAACCCCGGUUGAACCUCCAAAUGGAGUUCGGUCUCAAGGAAAGCACUAUUUUUCGAUGUGGCAAACCUUGUUUGAGAUUGAUACAAAAUAUGUGCCCAUUAAACCUAUUGGUCGAGGGGCAUAUGGUAUUGUGUGCUCUUCUGUCAACAGAGAAACCAACGAGAAAGUGGCAAUUAAAAAGAUACACAAUGCGUUUGAGAAUCGUGUUGAUGCACUGAGAACUUUGCGGGAAUUGAAACUUCUUCGAAAUCUUCGACAUGAAAAUGUGAUUGCUUUAAAAGAUGUAAUGAUGCCUAGCCAUAGGAGAAGCUUCAAGGAUGUCUAUCUGGUUUAUGAGCUUAUGGAUACUGAUCUCCAUCAAAUUAUUAAGUCUUCUCAGGCACUCACAAAUGAUCAUUGCCAAUAUUUCCUCUUCCAGUUGCUUCGAGGCCUGAAGUAUCUUCACUCUGCAAACAUUCUCCAUCGUGACUUGAAGCCUGGGAACCUUCUUGUCAAUGCUAACUGUGACCUAAAAAUAUGUGAUUUUGGACUAGCACGCACUAGCAAUGGCAAGAAUCAAUUCAUGACAGAGUAUGUUGUCACACGCUGGUACCGGGCCCCAGAGCUUCUCCUCUGCUGUGACAACUAUGGAACAUCUAUUGAUGUCUGGUCUGUUGGAUGCAUCUUUGCAGAGCUUCUUGGUAGAAAACCUAUCUUCCCUGGUACAGAAUGUCUUAAUCAACUUAAACUCAUCAUUAACAUUCUUGGUAGCCAGAGGGAGGAGGAUCUUGAGUUUAUUGAUAAUGCAAAGGCAAGGAAGUACAUUAAAUCGCUCCCAUAUUCACCUGGGAUCGCUUUUGCCCGUCUUUAUCCCAAUGCGCAUCCUUUAGCAAUUGAUCUCCUGCAAAAAAUGCUUGUUUUUGACCCGUCAAAGAGGAUUGGUGUUACUGAAGCUCUCCAACACCCUUACAUGUCUGCCCUGUAUGAUCCGAGCUGCAACCCUCCAGCAGAUGUGCCUAUUGAUCUUGACUUGGAUGAGGAAUUAGGGGAAGAAAUGAUAAGGGAGAUGAUGUGGAAGGAAAUGCUCAUUUACCAUCCUCAGUUUUCUGACAGCCAAUGCUGAGGAGUGAUCCUAAUAUUUUCUUUCUUGAUUCGGCAGUGAGGCUUAGGGAGGUAUAUUCCUUUAAAUGAGGAAGGUUUUUUGUUAUGUCACCAGUUAUUUAUCUUUGUUUUUUCAUUUUAAUAAUCAU